AUGACUCAUCAAAAGUCACGUGGUCGCUCAUUCCCUCUGGCUCAACACCAGCGAAAAAAGUUGCCCCACAGCCACAAGAGAGAGCCCUAUUCCGAAGGUCGCAAAAUCUCAACUCUCAACACCAUCACCACCCUCGACACGGCCGAUCGCUCAUUCCCCUCCGGCAUCACGACAACCGCAAUCAUGAGCGCCACCAACUCCGUUCAGUGCUUCGGUAAGAAGAAGACGGCUACUGCUGUCGCCCACUGCAAGGCCGGUAAGGGUCUCAUCAAGGUCAACGGACGUCCCCUCCAGCUCGUCCAGCCUGAGAUCCUCCGCUUCAAGGUCUACGAGCCUCUCCUCGUUGUUGGCCUCGACAAGUUCGCCAACAUUGACAUCAGAGUGAGGGUCACGGGAGGAGGUCAUGUCUCCCAGGUUUACGCUAUCCGACAAGCUAUCGCCAAGUCCCUGGUUGCCUACUACCAGAAGUUCGUCGAUGAGCACUCCAAGAACCUCCUGAAGCAGGCUCUCGUCCAGUUCGACCGAACCCUUCUCGUUGCCGACAACCGCCGCUGCGAGCCCAAGAAGUUCGGUGGUCCCGGUGCCCGUGCCCGCUUCCAGAAGUCUUACCGUUAA